AUGGAGUCGGAUCCGUAUAAUGAUGAAGAUUUAGAUUACAAAAAUACAUCUCUAUCCUUUACAAUACCUAUACCAUCAAUUGAUACCUGUCCCAAAUGUACAAAUAAUUAUUGGAAUCGAGGACAGAAUUAUGAAGAACCUUCAAAUUAUCGAGAUCAUCAAUUACCUCAAAAUCAAUUUACGGCACCAAAAAAAAUUGAAUUACCAAGUCAAAACGUAGCAUUUUUAACCAGUAAUUUUAUAUAUGAGGAAGGAAAACCAAUACCUGGUUUAGAAAUGAUUGUUGGGCCGAUCUUGGAACCUGAUUAUGAUCAAUUUUGUAUUAAAGAAUUAGUAGAAGAAGCCCGUGGAAAAGCAAAUCCUUAUGAAAAAGUUGGGGAAUCGAUAUUUUUGAAUCUUUCAGCAAUGAAAUUAGCAUGUUUAGAUUCACAAAUAUCAUUUACUGGAGUUAAGAGGUACGAUCCAGUUAAAGAUCCAGUAUUUUGGUUCGCUGAUUUAUGUGGUGGACCAGGAGGAUUUGCAGAAUAUUUAUUGUGGAGAAAACAUUCAUGCGGAGAAAAAGUUUUUGGUUGGGGUAUUACAUUAACUGGUUCACUUGAUUAUGAUCUUGAUAAGUUUAAUCCUGAUUCAAUGGUCAAAAAAUCUUUUGAACCAAUUUAUGGCGAAGAUGGGACAGGAGAUUUAUAUAAGGAAGAAAAUAUGAAUUAUUUUGCAAAAAUUGUUAUGGAAGGAACACAUGGCAUUGGAGCUGACUUAGGGUUUGAUAUAAGAGGACAAGAAUCUCAUCAAGAAAGACUUUUAAAGCAUUUAUUAUUGUGUCAAAUAAUUACAAUGUUUAUAACAUUAAAAAAAAAUGGUGUUUUUGUAUUAAAAGUAUUUGAAAUUUUCUCUCCAUUUACUGCUGGAUUAAUUUGGAUAUUAUAUCGACAUUUUGAAAGAAUAUGUAUCAUUAAACCAUUACCAAGUAGACCAGCUAAUUCCGAAAGUAAUAUGAAAAUUGCAAUUAAACAAAAAGAAGGACUUAUAGAAUUACAAAAAUAUAUUGAUAAUCCAGAUCUUGAGACACCUGAUCAUAAUGAAUAUCAACGACUUUGUUUGCAAGAAUGGCAUAUUAUUAUAAAUGAUGAACAAUGA